UUAUUAUUAUUAUAGUGCGCCAUUGUUAAUGAAGUUCAUGGUCAAAUAACUUUACGGUAAUUUAAUCGACAUAAGAAUCUAGAGUUGCUUUUACGCAAAUGAAACAGGUUCAGUGGGAAAUUCGGAGCGAGCGCGGAGCGCGAGAGCUCGCGGCGCACGUCGGCGUGCUGCUAUUCGGCUCCUCGGCACUAGGUGGCAGCGCCUGGUGGACGCACAGCACCGGGAAACUGGAGAGACUCGCAGGACAAUAAUACAGUGCGGAAAACAGAAAGAAGGGGGAGAUAUUGUGAGGACGACCGCGUCGGAGCGAAGACGGCGUGGGGAUGGCUGCUCCCAGUGAACGGAGGGCUUUUGCCCACAAGAUCAAUAGGACUGUGGCUGCUGAAGUGAGGAAGCAGGUUACCCGCGAGUACGGCUCCCCUCAGCUCUCCAAGAAACGCCCUGGGCUGCACCAACCUGUGCCCCUGACGGACGUGGUGGAGCCGGUGGACUUCGAGGAAUUCCUCAGCAGCCACGCCCUGGGGGUGGAGCCCGGCCCCCUUAGGCAGCUAAUGGAGUUUCCCCCCGAUGACCUGGAGCUCCGCCUGCAGGAGAGGGAGUGCAUGACACUGGAGCCAGCGCUGCCCGAGGAGGACACCCUGGACCCCCGCGUCAGAGAUGCCCUGGGUGUCUACACUGACGACUGGCUCAUUAUUCAGAGAAAGUACCAGCACCUGAGCACAGCCCACUCAGCCCAAACCUCCGAGCGGCUGAGGGAGAGGCAGCGGGGGCUUGUCAGACAGACCUUUGAGCUGGAUGUGGUCAGUGCUGAUCGCCAUGACGACCAGGAUGACAUAAAGCGCCGCUCUGUGUCCCUGGAUGACACCCCCCGUGGCAGCUGGGCCUCCAGCAUCUUUGACCUGAAGAACUCCUCGCCGGAUUCGUUGCUGCCCUCAGUGCUGGAGCGUACCGCGGCUGAGGACAUGGACCGGCGCAACACAGAGGCCCGCCAGCAGGGGCGCCACCCCGACCUGAUGGGGCUCUUCACAGCCCCCGACGAGGACGAAGCCGUGGAGCGGAACUCGAUCCCGGAGGUUCCCAAGGAGCAAACGGGCCAGAGGAUCUUGGUGAAGUGCCUGUCACUGAAGUUUGAAAUCGAUAUUGAGCCGAUCUUCGGAACCCUGGCUCUGUACGACGCCAAAGAGAAGAAAAAGAUUUCGGAGAAUUUCCACUUUGACCUGAACUCAGAUCAGAUGAAGGGCCUUCUCCGCUCACAUACCCCGCACAUGGCCAUCUCCACCCUGACCCGGUCCGCCAUCUUCUCCAUAACCUUCCCAUCUCCGGACAUCUUCUUGGUCAUCAAGCUGGAGAAGGUGCUACAGCAAGGGGACAUCGGAGAGUGUUGUGAGCCAUACAUGGUCAUGAAGGAGUCGGACUCUUCCAAGCACAAGGAGAAGCUUGAGAAGCUGCGAGCGCAGGCCGAACAGUCGUGCUCCCGCCUCGGAAAGUUCCGGAUGCCCUUUGCCUGGACCGCCAUCCACCUGCUCAACAUCGUCAGCAGCGUGGGCGGGCUGGACCGAGCAGACUCGGACUCGGACUCUGAGAGGAAGGGCACGUGGAACGAGAGGAAGAAGAAGGGCUUGGAGCGCAUGAGCGUCGGCGAGGAGAUGUGCAACUUCACCUCCUUCCGUCCCGCGACGCUCACCGUCACCAACUUCUUCAAGCAGGAAGGGGACAGGCUUAGUGAUGAAGACCUUUACAAGUUUCUGGCUGACAUGCGCAGACCGUCCUCCGUCCUACGCAGGCUGAGGCCAGUCACAGCCCAGCUGAAGAUAGACAUCUCUCCAGCUCCAGAGGUUCCUCACUACUGCCUCUCUCCAGAGCUGCUCCACGUCAAACCUUACCCAGACCUGCGGGUGCGGCCCACUAAGGAUGUGCUGGAGUUCCCCACGCGCUACGUCUACACCCCCUACAGCACCUACAGGAACCUCCUGUAUAUUUACCCACAGAGCCUCAACUUCAGCAGCCGCCAGGGUUCGGUGAGGAACAUUGCAGUUAAGGUGCAGUUCAUGGCAGGAGAGGAUCCUAGCCAAGCCAUGCCUGUUAUCUUUGGCAAGUCCAGCUGUGCCGAGUUUUUCAAGGAGGCCUACACGUCUGUCAUCUACCACAACAAGUCACCUGAGUUUUACGAGGAGUUCAAAAUGAAGAUUCCUGCCAACCUGACAGACAACCACCACCUGCUGUUCACCUUCUACCACAUCAGCUGUCAGGCCAAACAGAACACGCCACUGGAGACACCGGUGGGCUACACGUGGAUCCCCCUGAUGCAGCAUGGCAGAUUGCGCACGGGCUCCUUCAGCCUCCCUGUCUCCGUGGAGAAGCCGCCACCCAGUUACUCAGUCCUCACCCCCGACGUACAGCUCCCAGGUAUGAAGUGGGUUGACAAUCACAAAGGGGUGUUCAACGUGGAGGUCACGGCAGCAUCGUCCAUCCACACACAGGAUCCACACCUCGACAAGUUCUUCACGCUGGUCUACGUGCUGGAGGAGUACUCGUUCCCCUUCCGCCUGAAGGACGUCAUCAUCACGGAGGCCAACAUGGAGGCGGAGCUGAAGGCCAGCAUGGCCCAUCUGCGGGGGGCGCUGCUGGACACCUGCGUCCGCUUCCUGCACCAGCUGCUCAACAAGCUCAUCCUGCUGAUUGUGCACCCGCCCGUCAUCGCCGGCCAGAUCGUGAACUUGGGCCGCGCCGCCUUCGAAGCCAUGGCCCUGCUGGUGAAUCAGAUCCACAAGAACCUGGAGGGGAACCAGGACCAGCACGGCCGCAACAACCUACUGACGUCCUACAUCUACUACUGCUUCCACCUGCCCACCAGUGAUCCCGCCCCACCCCCCAACGGUGCAUCCACCUACGAAAUGCCCAUCCAGUAUGCCACACUGUCCCGGGCAACGGGCCGGCCCAGCAGUCUGCAGCUGUCUCGCUCCAAAAGCAUCAGUAACUCCAACCCGGACCUGGCCACCACACCUGCCUCGCCCGAUGAGGAGGUGCAGAGGAUCAUUGGGAACAAGGGUAUCGAUCGCUCGCACUCCUGGGUGAACUCUGCUUACGCGCCUGGGGGGUCCAGGGCAGUGCUGCGCAGGAACGCCACGUCCAGCUGCGAGCUGAAGCAGCUGCUCCAUGAAGAGCUCGCCCUGCAGUGGGUGGUCAGCACCAGCACAGUGAGGGAGGCAGCCCUGCAGCAGGCCUGGUGGUUCUUCCAGCUCAUGGUGAAAAGCAUGUCCCACCACAUCUUUCUCACCUCCCGCAUCGACAUCCCUCGGAAGCAGCGGUUCCCCGACCGCUUCGUGGACGACAUCGCCGCCCUGGUGUGCGCCAUCAGCGCUGACAUCGCUAGUCGAUAUCACAAGGACGUAGAGAUGGUGGAGAGGCUCAACAGCAGCCUGGCCUUCUUCCUCAAUGACCUGCUGUCGCUCAUGGACAGGGGCUUCGUGUUCAACCUCAUCCGCUCCUACUACAAGCAGGUGGCCUCACGCGUCUGCCCACCACCCUCGAACCCGAGCUCCCUGAUGGCGCUGCGCCUGGACUUCAUGCGGAUCGUGUGCAGCCACGAGCACUACGUCACCCUCAACCUGCCUUGUGCCUCGCUCAGCCCCCCCGCAUCCCCUUCGCCCUCCACCUCCUCCACCACCUCCCAGAGCUCAGCCUUCUCCUGCCAGGUACAGGACCAGAGUGUGGCCGGCAUGUUCGAGCUGUCCGUCCCCUUCCGCCAACAGCACUUCCUGUCUGGCCUGCUGCUCAGCGAGCUCUCGCUCAUCCUGGACCCGGAAGGAGAGGGGGCGUUUUUCCUGCACAAAAAGGCCAUCAGCGGCCUGCACUCCCUGCUCUGCAGCCACGACGCCGACCCCCGCCUCACCGACCCCCAGGUGCGCUCCCACGUGGCCAAGCUCUACCUGCCGCUGGUGCCCGUCGUCAUGGAGACGCUGCCGCAGCUCUUCGACUUCACCGACACAUGCCUCCCACGCGCACGUCACGCCUCCACCUUCCUUGCCGACGACGCCGACAUGGACGGCACCAGCACCAUCAGCCAGUCUGUCGCCAUGGCGAUCGCAGGCUCACCCUUGCCGUUCCCCAAGGCGAACCCUUUCUCUCUCCCUGUGGCGGGGCGGCCCGGCGGGUCCCUCUCGGCCGAGUGCAGCCGCACCCUGCUGGCCUGCCUCCUCUGGGUGCUGAAGAACGGUGACGCGGCUCUGCUGGAGCGCUGGCUCUCCGACCUGUCCGUGCUGCAGACCAACCGGCUGCUGGACCUGCUGCACCUCUGCGUCGCCUGCUUCGAGUACAAGGGGAAGAAGGCCCUAGAGAGGAUCAACAGCCUGACGUUUAAGAAGUCCCAGGACAUGAAGGCUCGGCUGGAGGAGGCCAUACUGGGCACGAUCGGAGCGAGGCAAGAGAUGGUGCGGCGGUGCCGAGAAAGGAGCCCCUUUGGGAGUCAGGAGAACGUCCGGUGGAGGAAGAACGUCACGCACUGGAGACAGCCGGCCGACCGCGUGGACAAGACCAAGGCUGAGAUGGAACAGGAGUCUGUGGUGGACGGAAACCUGGCAACGGAGGCGUCCCUGAUAGUGCUGGACACGCUGGAGAUCAUCGUGAAGACUGUGAUGAUGUCGGAGCUGAAGGAGAGCGUGCUGGGUGGGGUCCUGAGGGUGCUGCUGCACAGCAUGGCUGGCAACCAGAGUGCCCUCUUUCUGCAGCACUGCUUCACUACACAGAGAGCGCUGGUCUUCAAGUUCCCCGAGAUGCUCUUCGAAGAUGACACAGAGCUCUGCGCUGACCUCUGUCUGCGCCUCCUCCGUCACUGCAGCAGCAGCGUGGGCUCCGUCCGCAGCCAGGCUAGCGCCUCCCUCUACCUGCUCAUGCGUCAGAACUUCGAGAUUGGCAACAAUUUUGCUCGGGUGAAGAUGCAAGUCACCAUGUCCUUGUCCUCCCUGGUCGGGACAUCCCAGAACUUCAAUGAAGAACACUUACGGCGUUCCCUGAAGACCAUCCUCACGUAUUCGGAGGAGGACCUGGAGCUGAGGGAAACACCCUUCCCUGACCAGGUGCAGGACCUUGUCUUCAAUUUGCACAUGAUACUGACCGACACUGUCAAGAUGAAGGAGCACCAGCAGGACCCGGAGAUGCUCAUUGACCUCAUGUACAGAAUCGCUAAGGGCUAUCAGAACUCGCCCGACCUGCGGCUCACCUGGCUACAGAACAUGGCGGCGAAGCACUCGGAGCGGGGGAACCACGCGGAGGCGGCCCAUUGCCUGGUGCACAGCGCCGCCCUGGUGGCGGAGUACCUCAACAUGCUGGAGGACACGCGCUACCUGCCCAUUGGCUGCGUCUCCUUCCAGAGCAUCUCUUCCAACGUUCUGGAGGAAUCGGCCAUCUCAGAUGACAUCCUUUCUCCUGAAGAGGAGGGCAUCUGUGCGGGGAAAUACUUCACUGAGUCUGGCCUGGUGGGACUCCUGGAGCAAGCAGCGGCCUCUUUUAACAUGGCGGCCAUGUAUGAAGCCAUAAAUGAAGUCUAUAAAAUCCUGCUGCCCGUCCUGGAGGCCAACAGGGACUUCAAGAAACUGGCCGUUAUCCACGGCAAGCUUCAGGAUGCCUUCAACAAGGUGUACAACCAGGUGUGCGAGCGUGUUGGCUGGGACAAAAUAUCAAGAAUGUUCGGGACCUAUUUCCGCGUGGGCUUCUAUGGCUGCCGCUUCGGGGACCUGGACGAGCAGGAGUUUGUGUACAAGGAGCCCUCCAUCACCAAGCUGGCUGAGAUCUCCCACCGGCUGGAGGUAGGCAGCCUUCCGGAAGACUCGAAUCCCGUGGACAAGAGCAAGCUGGACCCCAAUAAGGCGUACCUGCAGAUCACCUACGUGGAGCCGUUUUUCGACACCUACGAGCUGAAGGAGCGGAUCACCUACUUUGACAAAAACUACAACCUGCGCACAUUCAUGUACUGCACACCCUUCACGCUGGACGGCCGCGCGCACGGCGACCUGCACGAGCAGUACAAGCGCAAGACCAUCCUCACCACCUCGCACGCCUUCCCCUACAUCAAGACUCGCAUCAACGUGGCCCACAAGGAGGAGAUCAUCCUGGUCCCCAUAGAAGUGGCCAUUGAGGACAUGCAGAAGAAAACACAGGAGCUAGCCUUCGCCACCCACCAGGACCCCGCCGAUGCCAAGAUGCUUCAGAUGGUGCUGCAGGGCUGCGUGGGCACCACCGUCAACCAGGGCCCCCUAGAGGUCGCUCAGGUGUUCCUGUCUGACAUCCCUGAAGACCCCAAGCUCUUCCGUCACCACAACAAGCUGCGCCUGUGCUUCAAGGACUUCACCAAGAGGUGUGAAGAUGCCCUUCGGAAGAACAAGUCCCUGAUUGGUCCCGACCAGAGGGAAUACCAGAGGGAGCUGGAGAGGAACUACGCCAAACUGAGGGAGGCUCUGUACCCCCUGAUCAACCGGAAGAUCCCCCAGCUGUACAGGAGCCACGCCUCGAACGCCACGCUUGCACAGCGAAAUUCCCUGGGUCGCUCAAGCCUUCGCAAAGCAGACUGUUGAACUACGGCAAGGACAGCGGCUGGUCAGAGAUCCCGUCUUGGUGUCUGUCCUACUCGGGCCUGGCCUCCCCCUCCACGCCUCAUGGCGCCUCCCGCCCCCCCAGGCGUCACGGCCCCACCUCCCCCACUGGCGACGUCACUCCACUCGACUCCAUGGCUUCGGUUGCCGUCCUCUACAGCAGUCGCCUAGUUUUCAUUCCUUUCCAUAAACCUGGGUUAUUUCAGCACUUUUUAUGGAUAAUCCAGCUCUUGUAAUUACAAACGCUAUAAACGGGCGGAUGAACAAACAUGUAAACGGACAUGAAUUUGUACUUAAACCUGUAAACUAGUGUUUUUGCUGUGGACCAAAAUGACUGCCGUCCUCCACCAGGUGUCGGGACUGUUUCCUUUUGUCGUUUCGGACCUUCAGCUGCUCUCGUGACUCCCCACAGUUUUCCGGUCCACUGUGCUGGGUCCAGGCGGGGGGGGGGGGGGGGCAUGGGUGUAGCCCCUUUGCUGUUCGACUGCUGACUUUGUACUGCUGUGUUGGGGUAACAAUAUCUGACUAUUGUAUUUCUCACAGAUUUCUUUAAAAGCAAAAUUUAAGUUAUGGUGGGUUUUUACAGCUUUGUAUUAAAUCUUUUCUUAUUCCUUUUACAAAUUUGGUUCUUAUUUGGAAUAAUGUUGUGCUGCGUUUUGUACUGCUACACUGUAAAUGCUUUCUCCAAGCAAAUGCCCAUAACCCAUCUCUCCAUUGCCCCCUGAGCAGACCCCACGUUUAUACUAAUGAUCGAAAUUAAUCUUUAAACACAGAACUGUAGUAGCAGUAAAAA